AUUAAGCGAUUUGGAUGUUAGUCUAACUGCGGACACCGACGCGUUAACAGUCUGUCCCCGUCGCACAGUAUCGCCGCACGCGUCCGCCAUUCCCGCGCAUUCGCUACCGUGAAGUGAUUCUGUGCUUGUUUUGGAGUGAAGUGAUUGGAAAGGAAACCGAACGCAUUAACCGAGCGCAACAUCAAAGCCACUUAUAAUAAAAAAAUAAACAUGUCUUUCUGUGAUAGAAGCUAAAAAAAACAACACAUGAGCUCCGACGUUGAAGAAGAGAUGCAAACUGUUGUAGCAGCUUACGUACCACCCAAUAUCAUCGAGCAAGCUGACAGUAAACUUAACACUAACUAUGAAUACCAGUAUGACGUGGAAAGAUUGAGUCCUGACGUUGAAGAGAAGAUUAACGUAGAAGAUGAUAAGGAAGAGGAGCUGAUAGUAACUGACGAUGAGGUCAAGGAAUCUCACAAUGAAGAAAUCAAAAAGGAAGAAACAUAUGAACCGUCGUGGCAUCCGCAUGUGUAUGGGAAGCCGCCAAAAAAGCCUACGCCACACACCAUAGAAUACAUACUAGGUAUAUCAAGUCAAAAUGAAGCGAGGAAAAAUACGAGUGCAUUAAUUAAUGUUAAGAGGAAUUUUGAUGUUAAAAACCUUACGGAAAAGAGUAACGUACAAACAGACGAGAAGAGAUAUAGUUUAAUGUUACAUAAGAACAAAUUGCAAGAACAAUUAGUGCAGAAAGCAGUGAGGACUAGUGAAAGCGAAUGUGACAAAGUGUGUGAUGUGAAGUGUUAUGACCAACCGCUCAAUUUGUCCGUGCCGAAGUUCAAGGAGUCGGGGUGGAAUCCUGCACUGGAUGAAGACAAAAUUGGAAAAGUCUAUUGUCUUUCAGAUCCUUCCAAAUUAAUCAAGAGGAAAAAGUCGACGGAGGAUGUCAGAUCACCGCUGGGAGGAGAAGGCUCCCUCACAAGCGAAGAGGGGGAGGAUCCAGGAGUGGGGAGGCGGAAGAAAGCCAGGACCACGUUUACUGGAAGACAGAUCUUUGAGCUGGAGAAGCUGUUUGAAGUUAAGAAGUACUUGUCCUCGGGAGAGAGAGCUGACAUGGCCAAGCUGCUGAAUGUUACAGAAACUCAGGUAAAAAUCUGGUUCCAAAACAGAAGAACGAAAUGGAAAAAGAAAGACAACGUUAGCAACGCAGAAGUGGCCGAGAUGAAGCAACAGAACAAGCCCGCAGAAGACAAGAAAGAAGAAGCGAAAGAAGAUCCCCUCGCGCUAGACAUGUCGAAGAAGAACUGCAACAAAAUACUGAGCGAGAAACUGCGCAGUACAAAAAUAGUGACGCAAACUCUUCCCAAACCUAGGAAAGUAGAGAAGGGAGUCGUUCUCGAAACGAUAUGCGACACGAAUGACAUAGAGAGUCGCAUAUCGAUAACGAAAAUUACGAAUAAAUUAUCGAACACGGACCUUUCUGGAGACGGCAAGGUGUCAGUGAAAAGUUUUGGUCCGGACGAAGUGAAAGAAAUGAAUUUCGACACGAUAAGCAGAGACGUUGAGAUGUGAACUCUUAAGCGGUCUGUCCAACAGUUUUUGAUUCGUCGCAUCAGUAUUAAUAACCUCCUUCGUCAUUUAUUGAGGAGUAUUUCCAGUUCCUCAAUUUGAUUAAUUAAUUUUGCAUAUUAACAACUAAUGUAUUUAAUUUAGAUAACAUAAUUGACACCAGAUUGAUGAAGGAUGUAUAAAGUUUUUAUAAAUCCAGUUGCGAAGCGCGGAUAUGCAUAAUUAAAACAAAAUUUUACACUUGAACUGGUUUUCGAGUGUAGAGUCAUUCGCCUUCACGUUAACUCGUAACCAGUUUUUAAAUUGAUAGCAAAUUUUAUUGAGAUUGAUGGGUUAUUUAUGAUAAUUCGCUCUUACGUGUGACUAGCGCCAUCUAGUAUUGUAAUACAGAAAUUGUUGAACAGACUAAUUAAAAUGUAAAUAAUUUUGUUUGUGUGAAAAAAUAUGUUUUUGUACGUGUUGAAGGAAAACUUUCGUUUACGUAUGCUGUUAGAGUAUUGUGGUAUAUUCUUUACCGUUAAAAAUAUGUUGUACAACGCCAUCUCAUGUCUAAAUUGAAAACUAAUUUCAAUCAUCGGUGAAGAAUACAACACAGAUAAUAUAAUUCGGCUGUAUGUAUAAAACCUACGAAAAAAAUAUUAUGUGUUUAAAAAUGUAAUUUCGUUAGAUCUCAUGUUAUAAUCAUUUUAACACGGUUUUCUUUUGUUAAUGUUUAACUUUACCUUUUAAUUGUAUUAACCAGUUUUUAUAAAAAUAUUUUGUGCAAUAUUCAAUUUUAAUUUAGAUUAAGCAGUUAUUUGUAGUAGUCCACAGUAACUUGGAAAGCAAUGUUCAGUAUCAAAUAUUCUGUAUCAUUAGGUGGUGUAACGGAUUUGCUUAUUUUGUAAUAAUUGCAUUGUCUUUCAAAAUAAUUUAUAUAAUAUUAACUAUGCAAUUUUAAUGAGAGCUGUUCAAACAAUAUCAGUUAGGGAAUGCUUGAAGUUUUGGCGCCAUAUUUGAAAGCUAAUAAUCGUUACAUCACCAGUGGAUACUAUUCAUCCUCGCUUCUUUGAAAAGAUACUAUGACUUAAAUAACCAUUGCUUUUUAUUAUUGUUAUGAACUAUUAUUUUGUGACCUAAUUACGUUAAAUAGAGUUAUCCCCAUACUUACCUGCUCUUUACAAUAGGUUGUCUUUAUCUGGAAAGCAAGUGAGGAACAGUCAGACGUCAUACAUCUUUAAAAAAAUAGAUUUUUAGGUGCAUUUUUCAUAACAGUUUUUUUGUAACGACUCAAAUGUAAAAAUAAUAUUUAUUCUUGCUACAUGCUUUUUGCUUUUUUAACAAGAUGGGUCAUUUUAUAGGCAUGCAGUAAAAGGAAAACGUAUGAUAGUAAUGUAGAACAACUUACUAACGAUAUUUUAAUAUUUCAACAGACAAAAAUAGAACAAGAAUAACACCAAGGUACUGCACCGAGGAGCUCUAUUACAAGCCUUUGAACAAUUAUUUAUUUAUAUUUUAUUAAAUCAUGUCUUCAGGCCUCCGCAAUAAGUAAAUGCUUUAUUAGCCUUUCUUUACUGACCUCUUUACGGUAGCAUUUUUAAUUUUAAAAGAAAACACAUGUAUACGACUAAAUAGUGUUAAAUGUUUGUAAAUAGACAUAGCAUCAUUUUGUACCCUUUUUUUACAUGAAUAAGAUAUGAUCCUCGACAGUAUCAAAUUGUCAUUUCAUGAAACCUGCGCUAACAAUAAAUAAGAUAAGGAAAAAUUCAAUUUACCUAAUCUUGUGUAUUUUAUUCUGUUUUAAAUUUGCCAGAAAACAAAUAUUUUAUAAAUUGCCAUUUACAUUUUUAAUUUAACUAUUUAAGAUAUCAGAGAUCGCAUUAUGCGUAGUAUAACGCUUUGGCUUUUCAUGCGUACAAAUCUGUAUUUAAUAUAUUUAUAUGUAUUUUUUAAAUUUCAAUAGAAAUAGCAUAAUAUUGUGCACAUUUCAAGGUACAGAUAUUAAUUAUACAAUAUCUUCAAACAUAUAUUACAAUUGCUUGUACAUUUUAUUUCUACCUCAUUCCAACGCUUAAUUGGAAAUAAUUAUUUUCACAUAAAUUGAAAUGUUUUAAUAUGGCGUCAUUCAAUAUAACGAUUUCUUGUUAAUUUAUUGAUUGGAAUGAUUCACAUCAUCUACAAAAAUCUUCAAAGGGCAUAUAAAAACAUUUAGGAACAUAAUAUAUUUUAUUAAAAAUCGAAAAAAAUAUUUUCCUGUUUAGUGUACUUUGUGUUCAACUGUAUAUAAAUUGUCAUAAUAAGAUACGAACAAAAUUGUAUUAUAAAUUAGAACGAAUUUGACAAAAUUAGUUUUUACAUUGGAAGAGUGCUGUAUCAGUAACUACGUAGCUCUAGUGUAAGAAUAGUGAGUAUGGAAUGAGAAAUAAAAUAGUUUUUCAUUAUUA